GUGGAGUUGGCAGAGGCUCCUCAGGGAACUGGGGGGCCGAACUGCGUAGAAGAGGGUGGCAGGGAAGAGAGGGGAGGAGAGCUCUGAGUGGGAAGAGGAGCCCGGGGACUGGGACCCGUCGCGGCAGAGCCAGGCAAGUGAACCGGAGCAAACGACUUCCGAUCCAGUCUGCGCUGCUGCGGCUCGGGUUUGGGAUUUGAUUUGUAGCAUCCUCGACUCCUUAAGACCCCCCCAAAAAAAUCGAAAAGAAAAAAAAAACCCGCGAAGCACGCCCAGCUCUGCUUUGGCACCCUGAUACACACCCACUGCCUCCCGGGGACACAGCUGGGCGCGUCCACACCCCCGCACCCCCACACCAUGUUGUGCGGAAGGACUUCCACUCCCUGCCUGUGUCGUUGAUGUCAGACCCCAGGCCAGCCUCCGGGCGCUGCAGUUCUCCAGGCUAAUGCUGAGGCUGCGGCUCGGGCUCUAGCACAGGAAUCAGCCGCCGCCCCCGGCCUCAGCGCCCACCGUCUGCAUGUGUCCGCCGUAGCCUCCUGCCCAGCCGGCAGCCCGCGCUCCCCCCUGGAGCGCUGGAGAACACCGCGGGGGUCCUUUUCUGCCUGUGGGAGAAGCGGUCUUGGAGAUAUUGAUUUUGGUGGCUGGAUUCCCCCCUCCCCAACCCGUGGAUAUAUAUAUCUAUAUAUCUAUUCACAACCCGAAUUUGGAAGAAAGAAGGAAAACAUGACGUCUCCAGCCAAAUUCAAGAAGGAUAAGGAGAUCAUCGCAGAGUAUGACACUCAGGUCAAAGAGAUCCGGGCUCAGCUCACAGAGCAGAUGAAAUGCCUGGAUCAGCAGUGUGAGCUUCGCGUACAGCUGUUGCAGGACCUGCAAGACUUCUUCCGGAAGAAGGCGGAGAUAGAGAUGGACUACUCUCGCAACCUGGAGAAGCUGGCUGAGCGCUUCCUGGCCAAGACACGCAGCACCAAGGACCAGCAAUUUAAGAAGGAUCAGAAUGUUCUCUCUCCAGUCAACUGUUGGAAUCUUCUCUUAAACCAGGUGAAGCGGGAGAGCAGAGACCAUACCACCUUGAGUGAUAUCUACCUGAAUAAUAUAAUUCCUCGAUUUGUCCAAGUCAGUGAGGACUCAGGAAGACUCUUUAAAAAGAGUAAAGAAGUGGGCCAGCAGCUCCAAGAUGAUUUGAUGAAGGUGCUGAACGAGCUGUACUCGGUCAUGAAGACAUAUCACAUGUACAAUGCCGACAGCAUCAGUGCUCAGAGCAAACUAAAGGAGGCAGAGAAGCAGGAGGAGAAGCAAAUUGGCAAAUCAGUGAAGCAGGAAGACCGGCAGACCCCACGCUCCCCCGACUCCACAGCCAAUGUCCGUAUAGAGGAGAAACAUGUCCGGAGGAGCUCCGUGAAGAAGAUUGAGAAGAUGAAGGAGAAGCGCCAAGCCAAGUACACGGAGAAUAAGCUGAAGGCCAUUAAAGCCCGGAAUGAGUAUUUACUGGCUUUGGAAGCCACCAACGCGUCCGUCUUUAAGUACUACAUCCAUGACCUGUCUGAUCUUAUUGACCAGUGUUGUGACCUAGGCUACCAUGCUAGCCUGAACCGGGCCCUGCGCACCUUCCUGUCUGCUGAGUUAAAUCUGGAACAAUCCAAGCAUGAGGGUCUGGAUGCCAUCGAAAAUGCAGUAGAAAACCUGGAUGCCAUCAGCGAUAAGCAACGCCUCAUGGAGAUGUACAACAAUGUUUUCUGUCCCCCUAUGAAGUUUGAGUUCCAGCCUCACAUGGGGGAUAUGGCUUCCCAGCUCUGCGCCCAGCAGCCUGUGCAGAGCGAAUUGGUACAGAGAUGCCAACAAUUGCAGUCUCGCUUAUCCACUCUGAAGAUUGAGAAUGAAGAGGUAAAAAAAACAAUGGAGGCUACCCUGCAGACCAUCCAGGACAUUGUGACUGUGGAGGACUUUGAUGUGUCUGACUGCUUCCAGUACAGCAACUCCAUGGAAUCUGUCAAAUCUACAGUGUCAGAAACAUUCAUGAGCAAGCCCAGCAUUGCUAAGAGAAGAGCCAACCAGCAGGAGACAGAACAGUUUUAUUUCACGAAAAUGAAGGAGUACCUGGAGGGUAGGAAUCUCAUCACUAAGCUACAAGCCAAGCAUGACCUCCUGCAGAAAACCUUGGGAGAAAGUCAGCGGACAGACUGCAGUCUAGCCAGGCGUAGUUCAACUGUGAGGAAACAGGACUCCAGCCAGACAAUUCCUCUGGUGGUAGAAAGCUGCAUCCGGUUUAUCAGCAGACAUGGACUACAGCAUGAGGGAAUUUUCCGGGUGUCUGGAUCACAAGUGGAAGUAAAUGACAUCAAAAAUGCCUUUGAGCGAGGAGAGGAUCCCCUGGCUGGGGACCAGAAUGACCAUGACAUGGACUCCAUAGCUGGUGUCCUCAAGCUUUACUUCCGAGGGCUGGAACACCCUCUCUUCCCUAAGGACAUCUUCCAUGACCUGAUGGCCUGUGUCACAAUGGACAACCUGCAGGAGAGAGCUCUGCACAUCCGGAAAGUCCUUCUCGUCCUGCCCAAAACCACGUUGAUUAUCAUGAGAUACCUCUUUGCCUUCCUCAAUCACUUAUCACAGUUCAGCGAAGAGAACAUGAUGGACCCCUACAACCUUGCCAUCUGCUUCGGGCCCUCGCUGAUGUCAGUGCCGGAGGGCCACGACCAGGUUUCCUGCCAAGCGCACGUGAAUGAGUUGAUCAAAACCAUCAUCAUCCAGCAUGAGAAUAUCUUCCCAAACCCCAGGGAGCUGGAGGGCCCCAUCUACAGCAGAGGAGGAAGCAUGGAGGAUUAUUGUGACAGCCCUCAUGGAGAGACCACCUCCGCCGAAGACUCCAUCCAGGACGUGACCACAGAGCACCACACGAGCGAUGAUGAGUGUGAGCCCAUUGAGGCCAUUGCCAAGUUUGACUACGUGGGUCGGACAGCCAGAGAGCUCUCUUUCAAGAAGGGAGCAUCCUUGUUGCUUUACCAGCGGGCUUCUGAUGAUUGGUGGGAAGGUCGGCACAACGGCAUUGACGGACUCAUCCCCCAUCAGUACAUUGUGGUCCAAGACACCGAGGACGGUGUCGUGGAGAGGUCCAGCCCCAAGUCUGAAAUUGAGGUCAUUUCUGAGCCACCUGAAGAAAAGGUGACAGCCAGAGCGGGGGCCAGCUGUCCCAGUGGGGGUCAUGUAGCCGAUAUUUAUCUUGCAAACAUCAACAAGCAACGAAAGCGUCCAGAAUCUGGGAGCAUCCGGAAAGCAUUUCGGAGUGACAGCCAUGGGCUGAGCAGUUCCCUGACAGACCCCUCCUCCCCGGGGGUGGGGGCUAGCUGCCGUCCGUCCUCCCAGCCCAUCCUGAGCCAGAGUCUCCCCAAGGAAGGGCCAGAUAAAUGCUCCAUCAGCGGGCAUGGGAGUCUCAACUCUAUCAGCCGCCAUUCAUCCCUGAAGAACCGACUGGACAGUCCACAGAUCCGGAAGACUGCCACAGCAGGAAGGUCAAAAAGCUUUAAUAACCAUCGUCCCAUGGAUCCUGAGGUGAUUGCACAGGAUAUAGAGGCAACGAUGAACUCUGCUCUGAACGAGCUACGGGAGCUGGAGCGGCAGAGCAAUGUUAAGCACACCCCUGAUGUAGUGCUGGACACCUUGGAGCCCCUCAAAACCUCCCCAGUGGUGGCCCCCACAUCUGAGCCCUCCAGCCCUCUGCACACCCAACUCCUCAAGGACCCUGAGCCCGCCUUCCAGCGUAGCGCCAGUACUGCUGGGGACAUCGCCUGCGCCUUCCGACCUGUUAAAUCUGUCAAGAUGGCUGCCCCAGUCAAACCACCAGCCACACGGCCCAAGCCCACUGUCUUCCCCAAAACAAAUGCCACUAGUCCUGGUGUUAACUCAUCCACUUCCCCACAGUCCACCGACAAGUCUUGUACUGUCUGAAGGGAAUAAUUUAAUUGUUCUAGACAAGGGGACUGACUGUUAUUAAAAUCUUCCUAUUUAACUAGCUUGGGGACUUCAGUUGAACAUUAGAUUCUAAGUUGCUCUUACAGGAAUUAGCCUUUCUAUUACCCAAAACCUUGAGAAUGAAGCCCUUGUUACCGCCUUUCCUUCCUCUUCCCUCCCUACCACCCUCAGCUUCCCUCAGUUGUUGUAAUCCAAUCAGUUGCAGUACAUGCUAUUCUUAGGUUAGCCAGAGACAGAGUUUUUCAUUAUCAGGUCACUGUGAAAUCUGGCAAGGUAAGUCAUAAGGAUGUGAGCUCAAGUCUCAGUCCCUUCAGACCCUAAGAAGUACCUUGGACCAGAUGGUUGGUUAUGGCCACCCAGCUCUCAGUGGCAUCUUGUUUUGGGUACUGAUUAUAGAGAAUCAUAUAUAGGCCAUUCUUUUACAUGUGCGCAUGUGUGCAUACACACACACACACACAUACACAUACACUAGUCUCUGGCAUGUAUAGCCUUUCCUGGUCAUAGACCACUCUUUGUAAGUUAUUGUGAAAAUUCACGUACAGGCCAUGGGUGGGGAGGGGGGAUUUCUGUUUCCAUUAUAAACUUUGUUCUGUCUGGACCAGAGAAGCUGGCCAUUGAAAUCUCUGCAUCACAUGAAAUGUAGCAGGAUAGGACAGUCCUGUGAUCUGAUGUGGGGGUGGGACUUCCUCUGUUUUCUUUCUAUUGCUGUGAAUUGGUCAUUGGUGUUUGCUUUUGUUCUGCUCCAUCCUAUAGAUGUACAUCCCAACCUUAUAAAGGAGCUUUUAAAAUUUCUCUGAAGGUAUAAACACUUCCCAGGUUCCUAUCUCUGUCAGACAACUUUUCAUCUCAUACAUUUUCAUAUAUAAGACAGUUUAUAGCUGGUUCCUUGAGAGUGAAGAGUCUUAAAGUUUUAUUGUGUUUAUGACAGAUUUGAAAAAGGUAAGAAAUGGUCCUUCUACUUUUUUUUUUUUUUUUUUGGCACUUAAAAGUUACUACCCCAUUUAAGAAGUUAAGUUCGGCUAUGCUGAUUGUUUCUAGGUUAAAAUUUACUUCAAAUGCACCCCAUGGUGCUCUGUUUUGUUUUUUAAUAAGGUCUCUAGAGGCCAACUGGGACCUUGGAGGGCUUUAAAGACAGACAACACCUUUGAAAAGGGUUUUCAUUUAUCAAAACAAUGACAACUAAGGGGAACUUUGAGCCCACAGGUUCAAGUUUCCUCAAAGCCAAAAUCUAAAGAAAAUAAAAGGUUAGAUACUAAAUACUGGACCUUCUUUUGGUCUUUUCCCUGGUUCCCCUCCAAAAUUCAGAAAUGCUAUCCUUGAUGCUAUAUUUCAGUCUGCAAACCAUGUGUUUUGCACAGCACCAGCUCCUCAUGUGUAAGUGCUUCCCCAAGAAUACUAGGGCCAGAAACAUCUAUAUCCCAGUCUCAAACAGUUCCUCAACUCAUUCUUCUUUUCUGGGCUUUCUGGCUUGAAAGCUAUGGUUUUCUUUUAGCCUUAUUAUUUUCUAUAGUUCAGGAGUGAUGGUAGGUUACCAUUUGCAUAGGAAAAUCUGAGUGUUCCUAGCUUUGAGCUGAAAGAAAUACCUACUGGACCAACAUGUAAUAUUGAUAGUAGGAUCUGUGGAAAGUGGUUGGUAUUCUCACUAUUUGAAGGGAAAGAGGAACCUGGGGGCAGGGUCACUAGUGAGGAGUGUGACUUCAGCUCAAGGAAGUACUCCCUGGUCCAAAGGGACAACUGGCAACUCCUGCAGUCAAGAGAGUCAGCCUACAAGAGGCAGCUCGUGGUCCUUUGAAUGCUUGGUCUUCGUUGCUCUGUUUUGUGGCCUGUCUUUGCUUUAACCUAGGUUUGCAUUGAUCCUGAGCCAAGAAGGGGUAUUCAGACCCAAGGAUCUGUUUCUUUGCUGCAAAGGAAGCCCCACCCUUCACUUUACAUCCUUUUUAAUCCAGCUGAUCAGAACUCCCAUACCAGCUCUUGACCCUGUCUCCCAUAUAGUAGUCUCCACGAAAGGAAGAGCAAAGCUUACUACGUGACAGUCCUUCAGGCCUGUCUGUUGCUCUUGCCUUGCUUCUCUCUCAACCUUGUUCAUGAUUUGUGUUUGCCAUCCCCUUGGUCAGUGCCCAUUUGCUGAUUGGCAUCAUGAACUGGACAGUGUAUAAGUGAUCAGCUACUACCCCAGCUCUAGGAGCCAAGCUGUCUUCCCCAUCUCUGGUGCUCCUGACGCCUGUGAGAAGAUCCUGUCAAGAGGACUAGGAACCAAUAGGAGGAGAGUCCUCAGCAGAGCUCACUUCAACUGGAAUUGAGGUUGCACACUGUGAUUUUAAACCCAAAAGCCAAAAGGAGCUGGCCACCCCAGCCUUGGGCAACCAGCCUUUCUCAAAUGUGCUUGCCGAAACCAGCAUGAUGCUUCCAAGAGCCCUCCUCAGCCCUGCGUGGCAUGGAUUCUUUCCUUGGUGUGGACUCUGAAGGGUCAGUCUUUGGGGAAGAGAGGUGGGGUGGGGCUACCAGCAUCCCAAUUUGGAAGAUAGAGGAGUUUGCCGCCAGCAGCCUGUAAACUGGAAAUGCUGGUUUCAGCCAGCCUCCUCAGGACACCCUCAUUUCUCCCCAAGGAAAUGAGAGAUGCCACCAGCACCAGGAUGAACAGACCACUGGGAGGGCUGGUGGACAUGGACUUCGGUUGAGAAGAUCUUCCAGGGAACUGCAAUGUUGUGGCGUCUGAUUCGUAUGUCACAUUUGUGUAAAAUGGUAUAUUCUUGAAAAUGGUGUUGAUAACUGGAAUAUUGUAUGUAUGCUUGGAGAUGCUUUGUGUGAUCCUAAGACUGUCACUUAGCAGAUAAUGGAUUGGGAAAAAUCCAAAGCACAACUUCAAAAUAAAAUACAUUUUUAGGUUUCA